UUGGGGAGUCUUACGAGCCUCAAAAUGCUUUAUAAUACUUUAUUAUCGCUAACAGCAUUUAUGUUUUGUCUCAGCCUUUUCCUGGUGCACAGGGCCAGUGUUUUACAAAGUGAUUUUCUCAAACUCCAAGGGGACAUAAUUCUACAAUUAAAUCAGCAACAUUCUGAGGGAGUUGAUGGGAAAAUGGCCACGAUGUCUAAAACAGGGGAGGACAUGAAGCCAAGUGUUUUCCAAAGAGCUCAGAGUUCUCUGAAGAUCUCUUCUAGGAGAGUAAAAAGGGAACAGAGCAGCUGCAGACCUUCAACAUCAUUCCUGCAGUUAAGAGCUAAUACUAACAAACAGCCAGACAUAAGAGGAAAUAUAACAGUGAUCCCCUGGACUGUUUCUGCCCAGCAAGGAAAUACAAUUUCACAAAAGGAAAACAGGAUUGUUGUCCAAGAAGAUGGUUAUUACUUGGUGUUUGGACAAGUAUGGUGUCACUCGAAAUCAAGCAUAACUAAGUUGAUAUUACAUGUUAUUUGUUCCAACUAUUCACCUAAUGUUCUGCUUAAUUCACAGGUUUUGUUCGAAAGUCCAAGCGCAGUUAUGGGUCAUGUCAUUCAAAGUUGGAGCUCCACUAAAGCAAGGAAGCAAUCAAGAGAGCUCUUGCGUUGCCUGCAAGAGAUGCCCGAUGAAACUCCUGCCAAUACAUGCUACACAGCAGGCACCGUGCAGUUGCUUCAGGGUGACGAGCUGGAACUUGUGAUUCCUUGUCGGCCAACAGCCCUGAUCUCCAUGGAGGCAGACUCAACCUUUUUCGGUGUCAUCCAGCUAAACUGAAACAAGACAGUACCAGGAUGAUAAACGUCCACCACAUUGUUGCAGGAAAUGGAAGUUGACACAGAGCUGUGUGAGAGGAUGCUGAUAACAGACUGACAGCAGCAGGAAUCCUGUUCAGACCUCUUAUUAAUCUAUGAAAAAGACAGAAUGUUCUUUUUUUUAAAGGCCUGUCUGUGUCAAAUGUCAGUUAUGUCCCUUUUUUUAUUCUUACCCUUUUUAAGCUUUUCACCAUUAAAUCUGUAGCAGGUAGUUCUUCUGUCCUGCCCCACGUUGUUCCUUUUGUGUGCUGCCAAAAUCCUUUCAUCAGUCUAUUUUAGCAUCUCCUGCAUCUCUUUAUACCUCGCCAGGGGCUUCCCUCCUGCUCCACCUACACUGUUUAUUUAUUCCUCUUGUCUAUUUUAGAAUAGCUUCCGCUUUCCAAAGACUAUGUCAGGAACAAACAAGUGUAUAUAUUUAUAUCACUUUGAAAUGCUUUUUCUGGUUUAAAUCAAACUACCCAUCACUGUAACUACUGU